GUGCGAUCCUUCGCCUACCCGCAUCUCCUCGCAAUCCAUCUCGCCUUCGAGUUCGAGGAGGAGACGGCGACUGCCUCUGAUGCCAUCAAUAGACCGAUGGUUCGGUAGAUCAAUAGGUAGAUAAGAUAACGAAGACGAUAGGCUUCCGCUUCCCUUCUUCCUCCCCGCUCCGCCGUCCCUACUUCGUAUUCCUUCCGCCGCUUCCCCCAUGGCGGAGCUCCGAGAGCGGCUCCUCCCCCGGAAGCCCUCCACCUCCACCUCCGCCGUGGCUGUCGCGGCGGCCCGCGAGUCCACCACCGGCCGCCGCCCCCUCUUCCAGGGCGUCGACUUCUCCGGGCUCAAGAAGCGGGGGCAGAGCCUCCGCUCCUGGAUCCGCGUCGACGCCGCCACGGCCGCGUCGCAAGUCAUCGAGGUGGACAAGUUCACCAUGAUGCGGCGGUGCGACCUCCCCGCGCGCGACCUCCGCCUCCUCGAUCCCCUUUUCGUCUACCCCUCCACCAUCCUCGGCCGGGAGCGGGCGAUCGUCGUCAACCUCGAGCAGAUCCGGUGCAUCAUCACCGCCGACGAGGUGCUUCUCCUCAACUCCCUCGACAGCUACGUCCUGCAAUAUGUGAUCGAGCUGCAGCGCCGCCUCGCGGCCGGCUCGGGGGACGUGCUCGCUGGUGGUGAGCCGUCGCCCGAUGACCUGCCGUUCGAAUUCCGUGCCCUCGAGGUCGCCCUCGAGGCCGCCUGCACUUUCCUCGACGCACAGGCUGCAGAACUAGAAAUUGAAGCGUACCCCUUAUUGGAUGAGUUGACAUCGAAGAUCAGUACUUCUAACUUGGAACGUGUCCGUCGCUUAAAAAGCAGGCUUCUUGCUUUGACUCGGAGAGUUCAAAAGGUCAGAGAUGAAAUAGAGCAGUUGAUGGAUGAUGAUGGUGAUAUGGCUGAAAUGUAUCUAACAGACAAAAAAAGGCGGAUGGAAGCAUCAUUUUGUGGUGAUCAAUCUUUCCAUGGGUUCAAUUCUGCUGGUGGAGUAUCAGUUUCUGCUCCAGUUUCACCUGUUUCUUCACCACCUGAAUCUAAAAGGCUCGAGAAGGCUUUAAGUCUUGCCAGGAGCAGACAUGACAGUAUGAAAAGUUCCAGCAGCACUACAUCGAACAUAGAAGAGUUGGAAAUGCUGUUGGAAGCUUACUUUGUGGUCAUUGAUAGCACCCUGAACAAGCUAACUUCGUUGAAGGAGUAUAUUGAUGACACAGAGGAUUUCAUUAACAUUCAGCUGGAUGAUGUCCGGAAUCAGUUGAUCCAGUUUGAGUUGCUACUAACUACUGCAACAUUUGUCGUCGCCAUAUUUGGGGUUGUUGCAGGGAUCUUUGGCAUGAACUUUGAGAUCGCCUUAUUUGAUGUACCAUCCGCAUUCCAGUGGGUACUUGUGAUUACUGGAGUAUGUGGCCUAGUUAUUUUUUGUUUGUUCCUGUGGUAUUUCAAGUACAGAAGAUUAAUGCCCUUGUAAGUAGUCAUUCAGAGUAUAUCUGACAUGCCAAAAGGCUCUUCAUCUUCAUCCUGCUGCAGUAUUGUAAUACAAAAUUCUGUAAGAGCCCAUUAUUUUGUUGGCUUACAGUUCAUAUGAAAUUCUAGCAUAUUGCUAGAAGCAAAAGCUUCAGAAUAAUAUUUUAUUAUGUUAACAAAGGAUAGUUUUAUUUGAUGGCAAUUUCUGUUGCAUUA